AUGAUAUCCUCCGCCGUCCUGAUCCCCGAGGAGGCCCAACUUGAAGCCCAGCCUCCGGCCGAAUCACAACAUGCCAGUACCGACCGAGAAGCAAGCAAUCCCCUCAAACGGCGCCCAUCGUCGGCGUCGAUCUCGUCCGAAUCCAGCAAAAGACCACGCCUUGACGGGCGAGCGCCAUCCUCGAACCAUGAUGCAGCCUCCGCAUCCCCGUCUGCAUUUGCAGAACGUUCCUCCAAGGAAUCUUACCCUGUCGCAGACUCGUCUAGGGGACAGGAUCAAGGCCAGGCAAUGUCUCCUCCUCCCCCUCCCCCUCGACACCAACCAGAACCCCGAUGCCGUUCAACAGCCGAGGGCAUCGAGCAGGACAAGUCGCGCAAUCGCCGUCUCUUUGGCGCACUGCUAGGCACGCCAUCGCAGUCUGCUCGACCGACGAGACAAAAAUCGACAGGGUCAGGGUUAGCAUCAGCCUCGGCGGGUGCGGCUGCGACUUCGGCGGCGACGCGCAACUCUCGUCGGGAAGAGAUCGAGAACCGGCAGCGGGAACGGCUGAGGCGCGAGAACGACGAGAUGGCCGAGCAGGCACGCAGAAAGAAGGACGAACUCGAUCGCGUAAGACGAAUAGAACAGGGCCAAUGGGACGAGGAGGGGAUGAAGAUCAGACAUGGCAAUUUGAGGGCCACUGCUUGUUUCUUACGGACGACGGCUGAACCGAGACUGUAUUAUAAACCUUGGGAACUCCGUCCUCAUGAAGAAGAGACGAUAAACCGCCAAAUCGAAGACGCCGAACACACCAUCCAGCGCGAACUUGAAGAAAUCGAUGCAAAACGACAGCAGCAGAAGGAUCAGCAGCAGCAACAACAACAACAACAACAACAACAACAACAACAACAACAACAACAACAACAACAACAACAACAACAACAGUCAGACGGGACCUCCAGUGAUGCACCCAACCCAAAAAGCCCGAAUAGGACAAGACACGAACAGAGACAGAACGGGAGUGCAGAUGUGGAACAGGACAAGGACAAGGACAAGGACGACGGCCAGGGACAGACAGAUGAAGUCAACGAGUCUCGAAAUGGACAUGCCGAUAGAGAUCGCAACAACAAUUCACCACUUCCGGCUCCAGCUCCAGCUCCAGCUCCAAAGGAACUAAAGGAUAACCUAGAAGAUUCACAGCCUGAUCCUUCAAACCGUGCUGAUGGCGACGUCCAGCUCUCCGACGACACCCAGCCACCACUUUCGCACGACCACGACCACGACCACGAACACGACCACGAGCAAGAGCAAGAGCACCAAGACGACGCUGCGACAGGAAACGGCGGUGGCGGAGGUGGAGAGGAUCAGCCGACCAGCAAAGACGACGACCAUGGCGGCGAAGAGCUCGAGCAAGGACGCGAAGAUGAUGUUAUCUACUAA